AUAUUAGUUACUACGAUCUAAAAACCCCUCCCUAAAAGAAACAAAUAGGCUCAAACAAACACCAUGAUUUCCGCAUGAAGAUGUCUGGUCCGAUGUUUUUGUUUGUAAACGGUGUCGUUUCACCUACCCCUACUCCUCCAGUGACAACAUUGCUUGAAUCUCACCCUGGUGCUUACACUACCUUUAGAACUCAUAACAACGGCUUAGCGCUGUUGUUUUGGGAACGGCAUUUGCGCAGGCUGGCUAGUUCUGCAAGGAUCCUUUUCGAUACCUGUCCAAAACUUCUUUUCCAGCCAGGAAUCAGUUUGUCAUCAGAAUCCCUGCAACAAAUGAAAGUUAUGAAUUGGGAUUCCAUGAUUCCAUCUUUUGUUAAUGACUCGAUGAAAAAAGCAAUACCGUAUGCGCUAAAAGAGAGGAAAGGUGAAACAGAAGUGGCAGUCACCGCUCUUGUUAGUGGAAACUUGGAGAAUUUGGUUUCUGAUAAUGUAGGUGAAGAAGACAUCCGUAGGGUUUUUGAUAUCCGUCUACAUAUUAGUUCAUAUGCUCCUAUCGCAUUUGGAGCUCAGACAAAUGGUGCCCAUCUGGCUGUUGUGGGCAAUCGGAGGGAUAUCGCAAAUGCCAAGUACUCAGAUUGGGUUAGGAUAAGGAAACCUUUGGAGAAGUUGAGGCCUCCAUCAGCUACUGAGUUAUUGCUAUCGAGUGAUGGAGAUCAGAUUCUUGAGGGCUGUUUGACUAAUUUUUUCGUUCUCUGUCAUAAGGAUAAUAUAGAAGAAGACAGAGGAUCUGCAGAGAGAAAACUGUUAAUAAGUAAAUCUGGCCAUUCCGUUGAAUUACAGACGGCUCCUAUAAGUGAUGGUGUUCUUCCAGGAGUAGUACGCCAAGUGGUCAUUGAGGUAUGUUUGGAAAUUGGAAUCCCAGUACGAGAAGUUGCUCCAUCAUGGUCAAAGCGUUACUUGUGGGAAGAAGCAUUUGUUACAAAUGGGUUGAGGCUUUUGCAGCAUGUGGAAACAAUUCGAGCUCCAAAUUCAUGGAACUCAUUGAGUUCUAAAACUUGGAAGGAGGUAACGUGGGUAGAGAAACAAUUUAAGGAGGGCCCUGGAAGCGUAACCACAGUAAUUCAGAAGGAGGUCAUGAGGAGAGCAAUGCUUGAAGGCCUCCCUGUUGCAUCGUUUGUUACAUAGGUUAGUUAUAUAUUAGCUAUGUUUUGGCAAGAAGAUACCUAUGCGGGAACAUGAAGUCAAGUUCUGUUGUCUUUGGAGAAAAUACGUGUUGGCUCCUUGAAGACUUAGUGUUCAUGGCGCAUGCAUUACAAAUUGCCAACUGAGACUAUGCUGAAAGGUUUGAUCUUUUAGAAUUUAGAGCAGAGAAUGACAUACAAAAUUGAAGAUUCUUUCAGAAAACUGAAAUCAAAAUGAAGAAAAAAACUGAAAUCAAAAUGAAGAAAGGUUGGUUCUGUAGAUGUCAAGAUUAUUAUAACAUUAUUGAAGUUGAAAUACUUCAUACGUAUAUGAAAUAUUAUAGUUGUGGCUGCUGGCAACUUACUUUAUGGGGUUCACUAUUUAACGUAUGCUAGACUUUUGAUAUUUUUUUAGUAAUUCACACCUUAAAAAAAAUAUAAAAUAUAUAUAGCUACACGGUGUCCUCACUAAUGUGGCGGGUAUGUAUCUUUCCCGUUGAUUGUGUCACCAAUUUUGGCAAUGGUUGUCACAGACAAUUUAUUAAUAAGAAAUAUAAGUGAUUUGUUGCA